CGGCAGUCCUCUCGCAGUCGAGUGGAUUCGGUCGUAUCGGGUGGACGUACGUUUUGGCCGGUCGAGUACAGAGAGUGGCCAGUUUUUUGCCAUUAGGGUCUAAAUCAUCAACAUCAUCGCUGGUAGUGAGAAAUAAUCAACAGUAGCAGCGAAAUAGCAUAAAAAGGGGCCAAGGAGAUUAAAGUGCUGUGUCAAGUUUCAAAAGAGCGAAAAAUUACUACAGAAAGAAUUGAAGUGCAGUGAUUUUGCGAAAAUAAAAUAUCAGGAAAAGAUAACCAGUGUCGAUCAACAAAAGUGAACAAGAAAAUUAUCAUCGUUCAGCUGUAAAAAAAAGGAUUAAUUCAACGACAACAAGAAGAACCUACAGACCCACCAAGGCUACGGAGCAAAAGGGCUUUAUGGUGUGGCUUUUAUGAAGAUUGUCAUAUCUUGGUGCCUGAGUCUAAGGACGUUAUAUUAACGUCCUACUCAUGUAUAGUUGGCCGCAGAGAUGGCCAAACUAGAUUCGUCAUGUAUAGGUUUUGUAAUUAAUUUAUUUAUUUUUAUUAACUUAAUUUUAAGUAGUAAUGCACAGCGUAGGAUUUCCAAUAGUAAUAGGUUACCACAUAGGCCUGUCCAUCGUGUUCAUCCGUGCGAGCAGAGCAGUUGCUACCCGGCGACGGGCAAUCUGCUGAUCGGUCGCGAGAAUCGCCUGUAUGCGUCGUCGACCUGCGGUUCGGAGCGACCCGAGCGCUACUGUAUCGUGUCCCAUCUCGAGGAGAAGAAAUGCUUCCUCUGCGACACCCGGCCCGAGACGGCCCACAUCCCGAUGAAGAACCACCGGGUCGGGCAGAUCAUCUACAAGAACCAGCCAGGCACCCUGGAGCAAUCCUGGUGGCAGUCAGAGAACGGCAAGGAAAACGUCACGAUCCAGCUGGACCUGGAGGCGGAGUUCCACUUUACCCAUCUGAUCAUCGUGUUCCAGACGUUCCGUCCGGCAGGUAUGUUGAUCGAACGGUCCUACGAUUUCGGCAAGACGUGGCACGUGUAUCGGUACUUUGCACACAACUGCCGCGCUGCCUUUCCGGAUGCACCGACCAUCGGUAAGAACAUUACCGAUGUGAUCUGUGACCACCGGUACUCGAGCGUGGAGCCGUCGAAGAACGGUGAGGUCAUCUACCGGGUGCUGCCACCGAUGUACAUUGAGAAUCCCUACGCGGAACACGUGCAGAAUAUGCUGAAGAUGACAAACUUGCGAAUCAACUUCACGAGGCUGCACACGUUGGGCGAUACGCUGUUGGAUGAUCGCCAGGAAAUUCAGGAGAAGUACUACUACGCCAUUUCGAACAUGAUCGUGAGAGGUUCCUGUUCUUGCUAUGGACACGCGUCACGGUGCCUACCGCUGGAGGGCGUGAGGAAUACGAUCGAUAUGGUGCACGGUCGGUGCGAGUGUACGCACAAUACGAAGGGUUUGAACUGCGAAGAGUGCGAAGACUUCUUCAACGACCUUCCGUGGAAACCGGCAUUGGGCAAGCAGACGAAUGCUUGUAAAAAAUGUCACUGCAACAACCAUGCCACAAGCUGUCACUUUGAUCAAGCAGUGUACGAACACUCGGGUCGCGUGAGCGGAGGCGUUUGCGAUAACUGCCAGCACAAUACUCAAGGUUAUCACUGCGAGGAGUGUGCUCCGUUCUUCUAUCGGGAUCCACUGGAGGACAUCCAGAGCCCGUACGUGUGUAAGGCGUGCGAUUGUGAUCCACGGGGUUCGCUGGAUGACGGUAUCUGUGAUUCGAUUGCCGACGAGGAGAACGGAAUCGAGGCCGGAGCGUGUCAUUGCAAGAAGAACAUUAACGGACGGCGGUGCGAUCAGUGCAAGGAAGGAUUCUGGAACUUUGACGAGAGCAAUCCGGACGGUUGUCAGACUUGUUCGUGUAACAUUCUGGGUACGGUUGAUAAUGCUGGCUGCAAUGUUCACACGGGCGAAUGUAUCUGUAAGCGACUGGUUACCGGACGCGACUGCAACCAGUGUAUUUCGGAGACCUAUGGGCUGUCGGAAAGUCCCGAGGGUUGUACGAUGUGUAACUGCCAUCCGGGGGGUUCGUUAGAUAACAGUUGCGAUGUGAUUACCGGACAGUGUCGGUGCAGGCCGCACAUGCAGGGACGGGACUGCAGCGAACCCAAGCAACAUUACUUCAUUCCGACCCUACACAAGGUGCUGGAGGCGGAGUUUCCGGGAACUAUCUGCGACCAUCAUUCUUCGGUUGGAAAUUGCUCCGCAGUCAUUCGUGAACACCCGCAUGGUCAUCCACCGACUUGGACCGGACCUGGAUUCAUCCGAGCCUACGAAGGCACCGAACUCAAGUUUACCGUCGAUGACAUUCCGAAAACGAUGAACUACGACGUGGUGGUACGCUAUUCUCCGCAGAUGAAAGGCGAUUGGGAGGACAUCCAAACGUCGGUAAUACGACCGGACGAGUACGAUCCGGAAGGUCCCUGUGCCAACUCCUAUCCGGACUACGAACGAGACAUUCACACGACCCUAUCCGAAUAUGAAACCAGUGCCGUGGCACUGCACGACGUCUGCUUGGAAACCGGCAAGACGUACAAGUUCAUCGUGUCCUUCCAGCGGCACGAUCCGUACAAAGACAACGGGGCGGCGCAGAUUUUGAUCGAUUCGAUUGUACUGGUGCCAAGGAUCGAAGUUACACCGAUCUUCCACGGUAACCCGCCGGCGGAAGUGAGGUACCGGGAGUACCAGAAUCUAGGAUGCAAUCAGACGUACUAUGACGUGAACUACGAUAUGGAUGCCCGGCCGGAGUGCAAGGACCUGCUGAACAUGGUCAGCGUGUUCGUGUUCAACGGUGCUACACCGUGCGAAUGCAACCCAACCGGUUCGACGACGAAGAAAUGCGACGAGUUCGGCGGAUACUGUGCGUGUAAGACCAAUGUGGUGGGUAGACAGUGCGACAAGUGUGCCCCGGGAACGUACGGCUUUGGACCGGAAGGAUGCAAGGCUUGCGACUGCAACAGUAUCGGGUCGAAGGACAACGAUUGCGAUCUGGUAACCGGUCAGUGUAGUUGUCAUCCGAAUACCUACGGCCGGGAGUGCGACCAAUGUCAACCCGGGUUCUGGAACUUCCCGAACUGUCAGAUGUGCGAAUGUAAUGGACACACGCCGACGUGUAACUCCAAGACCGGAGAGUGCGUCCAGUGUCAGGACUUUACCUAUGGUUGGCGGUGUGACCGUUGCUUGGAGGGUUAUUAUGGAAAUCCAUUGUUGGGAUCGGAGAUUGGUUGUAGGCCUUGUCGCUGUCCGGAUACGAUUGCUUCCGGUCAUUCGUACGCUAACGAGUGCGUGUUGGAUCCGAAGGCGAAUGACGUGAUUUGCUUGUGCGAUCAGGGCUAUGCGGGAGCCAAGUGUGACGUAUGCGCGGACAACUACUACGGCAAUCCGGAACGACCGGGUGGAAUUUGCCAGCCAUGCGAUUGUAGCAAUAACGUGGACUUGAAUCAACAGGGCAACUGCGAUCCCAAGUCGGGUCAGUGCGUGCAGUGCCUGUACGAUACGGAAGGUGAUCAUUGUGAGUUCUGUCGGGACGGGUACUACGGAAACGCACUGGAACAGGACUGCCGAUCGUGCGACUGUAACGUGCUGGGAACGAACCAGACGGUGCAGCAUUGCGACCGGUUUACGGGGCAGUGUCCGUGUUUGGCAAAUGUGCGUGGACAGUACUGCGAUGAGUGUAUCGAGAACCACUGGAAGAUCGCUAGCGGAGAGGGAUGCGAAGCGUGCAAUUGCGAUUCGGUUGGAUCGGUUAACGAGCAGUGUAAUCCGUACGACGGACAGUGUACCUGUAAGCAAGGAUUCGGUGGGCGUCAGUGCAACCAGUGCGAGGCCAAGUUCUGGGGUGAUCCAAACGUGUAUUGUCAUGCAUGCGACUGCAACCUGUACGGAUCGGCCACGCUACAGUGCAACCGCGAGUCGGGUCAAUGUAUCUGUAAUCCUGGAAUCGGUGGGUACAAGUGCGAUCAGUGCGCCCGUGGAUACCUCGGGGAGGCUCCGUACUGUGAACCGUGCGGCGAAUGUUUCGACAAUUGGGACAUGAUACUGGAUGGUCUGAAGGAGGAAACCAACCGCACGAUCGAGGAAGCCAAGUCCAUCAAGACGCUCGGGGCGACGGGAGCGUACAAGAAGGAGUUCGAUUCGAUGGGCAAGAAGAUCGAUGUCAUCAAAGAUCUGCUGACGAAUACGAUCUCGGAUCGGGAAAUUUCGACCAUUGACGAUCGGAUAGCGGAGGUACGGCAGCAUUUGAAGACUUCGCUGAAGGCACUGGAAGAGUCGGAGAAGCGGCUGCAGGAUACGGACGCGACUAUCAACUAUGCCAAUAUCGAGAUCGACAAUUUGAACAAACGAACCGAAGAGGUGAAACAGUUGGCGAAUUAUCUGAAGGAAAAUGCGACCAAACUGCAGGAGGGCAACAUCGAGGGGGCGCUCAAUUUGACGAGGGAUGCCUGGAACCGAGUUACAUUGCUGGGCGAAACGAACAUGGAAAUUCAAGAGCUGAACGAUAACGCCGAGAGACAGUGCAAGCGAACGGAGAUUCUGUUGAAGAAGCAGCAAGAGCAUUUUGAUCAAUUGCACGAUGCCAACGAGGCAUCGUUCUUGAAGUACCGGGACGAGCUAGAUACGCUGAAUGCGAAUAUUCCGGAUCUGAACGAGCGAAUUUGCGAUAGAAGGGGUGAUCCCUGCGAUGAGUUCUGUGGAGGAGCGGGAUGCGACGGAAAGUGCGGUGGACUAACUUGCGACAAAGGUGCUCUGACCAGAUCGGAGAAGGCACUGUCCUACGCCAAGAAGACCGAGCAGACCAUCAAGGAGAAGGAGGAACUUGCAGAUGAUAUCCUGCGAUCGAUGUCCCAAGCGAAGACGAACGCUUCAGAAGCAUUCAAGAAGGCGAAACGCGCUCACGACAAAGCGAAGGCCCACUACGAUCUCACGCACUUGUUGAUCGUGCAGGCCAAUGGCGUGGUGACGGCAUUGACCGACAUCAUCGACAACAAUACGGCUACACCGGACAAGAUCAGAGAGCUGGCCGAACAGAUUAUGGGCUAUACCCUGCAGCUGGAUCCGGACCAGAUCCAAAAGCUUGCCCAGCAGAUCGACGAAGCCGUUUCCCAUCUGGAGAACGUCGAAUCGAUCAUCAGGAAUACGGAGCACGAUCUGCUACGCGUCGAAGCACUCAAGGAUAACACGCUAGCCACGAAGGAUCGCGCCGAAAAGGUUCUGGAAGAGGCCAUCGAGGUGACAAAGGCACUGGACGACGCAGAUGACGCACAGAAGAAAGCAAGGCAGUCGAUCAAGCGAGCCAACGAAGAUAUCCAAUCGGCGAAGAUCGAUCUGGAGGAGAUCGACAAAGAAACGGAUGACGCCCACAAGCGGGCCAACGUCACUGCUUCCAAGGUGGAAGAGCUGAAGACGCGACUGAACAAGCUGCACGUCAGUAACGUACAGAACGAUCAGGACGCCGAGGAAAUCAUCAAGCAAGCAGAGACCGUCAAGGAGUCGGCCAAUACGGCGCAUGAUCUGGCUACACAGCUGAAGGACAACUACAAAACUGCCAACGCAACACUGACGGCGAGAUCGAACGCUUCGGAGAGCGCUCGAGAACGGGCACAGAAUCUGCUGAACCGUGCCUCCAAGAUCACGGUUGAAACGACCAAUCAACUCAAGAAGCUUCAAGAGCUGUACAAAACGUACGAAUCGAACCAGAACGAGCUAGGAUCGCUGGAGACGCACAUCCAAGGUCUGACCGAGCAGAUCAACACCUAUCUGAACAAGAUCCAGAGCGAUGCCGAUCGUUACCGACAGUGUACGACGUAGAAGAGACGACGACGAAUUUCAAAAGAAAAAAACAAAAUAAAGUGAAACGGAAAAGUGUCUUUAAAUAACUAAAGUGUUUGUGUUCAGUGGUUUAUACGUGAAGAAAGAUUUAAGUGUUCGUAAUUACUGUCUGUCUACCGUUCUUUCGUCCUAGGGUAAUGUUGUGGCUAAAGUAUAAAGCUGUAGGUCGUUAGGAAUUUUACUGCCCAAAACAUAGAAUGAAGAGAUUGGAAGGAAUCUGCGCGGCGAAGUCGUAAAAUAGUUGGUAAUGUUAUUCUACUUCUCUUAAAAGCAUAUUUCGCAAAACAGUUAUUUCAGUACCAGUGUUCCAUGUUGCACUGAAUGACGUUCAGAAGAAAACAAAAACAACGUGCCAAAUAAGUAAAACGAUAGACUAAAUCAACUUCCAUGUAUGUGUGCUUUUGUUUAAAUAAAUAAAUAAAUGUAAUAAACAGCAAUCGUAUUAUGUAGAGGAAAUCUCACUCGCUGCUUGAAAAUGUUUUGUGCACCUUGAAUGAUCCACUAUAAUACAUGUGUAUAAAAAAAACAUAACAAACAAUAACAAACAGUAACUUCAAAAAAUGCCAUUUAGUCCUACCAGUGGGUAAUUUAAUAGCGGUUAAGAAAAUCUCCAAUCUGAGACGCAAUAUUUUUGACAAUAUGGUAAUAAUAUAUGACAAAACAAAUCGAAAAUACAAAUUUGAACCAUUUAUUUGUUGCUAAACAUAAGGAUCAGAAACCUAUUUAGAUAAGUAAGUUUUGCCCGUGUAUCAAUACACUUAGAAUGUAGACGACAUUAACAAAAAUUAAAAAAAUGAACAAUCGCGAAUUAGUCAUAAACACACGAUUCUACUGCUAAUAAUUGUAACUUUGAUCGGUAAAUAAAGUCUAAUUUUUAGUGUAA